AUGCCAGCCACACGCCUCACCCUAAUUGCCAACGCCUCUCAAAACAUCCGCUGUCCUCUGCUCCUCCCCUCCUCCUCAGACAUCCUCACAACCGUCUUCACCACCUCAAAGGCCAAACUCCGCAUCAAGAAGCCCACGCGGCUCUUUCUGCGCGGCGGCCACGAGCUCUUUACAUCAGACGACAUCCAGCAAUACCUCAAAGACGACCUCGUCCUGCUCAUAUCCGCCGGCGAAGAGUAUGUCGGCAACAUCAAAGCACCCCCCAGCACUACAUGCACAGUGCACACAAUCACAUCCGAGCUCGCCCUCGACCCCGUCUCGCUCUCGCAGCUAAACGAGUGUGCAAAGCUCCCCGGCAUUAUCUCUGCCGUUGGCCUGCCGGAUCUACAUCCCGGCACGAGAUUUCCGAUUGGAUGUACGUUCAUCUCGGAUGGAUACAUACACCCGCCAUUGAUAGGCGGCGACAUCGGCUGCGGGAUGAGCUGGUACCGGACGACACUGAAGGCGGAUAAACUGUGGGACGCGGCCGGCGUGAAGAAAGUCGCGGGGAACCUGGUAGGCCUGGAGGGUGAGUGGAUGGGGCCUGCUGAGCGAGAGGCAUGGCUAAGCUGCGGCACUGCCGACGGCAAGUCGCUGAGCGUGGGAGAAGACUGGGACCGCUACCUGGGCACCAUCGGGUCCGGGAACCACUUUGCGGAGCUGCAGGUCGUGGAGGAUAUCAUCCCCUACGACGAUGGCACGGGCGAGGUCUACACACCUCCAUUUGCGCCGGACGAGGUGAUUCUGCUGGUGCAUUCGGGCUCCCGUGGGUAUGGCCAGCAUGUCUUGUCGCAGUUCUACAACUCGUCCUCGACUGAAGAGGACAUCUCCAUUCCCGCCACAGACCCGAAGGCAAUCUCCUACCUCGCUCUCCACAACGCGGCCUGUGCCUGGGCCCAAAGCUCCCGCGACCUAAUCGCACUGCGCUUUCUCUGCUGCCUCGAGUCCUCCCUCUGGGACAGCCCCGAAUCCAACAUCCCCGCCUCCUACGCCGAUAUCCAAAAACGCAAGGCCAUGGACAUCCACCACAACAACGUCACACUCACGCCGUGGCCCCCCGCCGCGCCCGAAAAGGACGUCUACAUCCACCGCAAAGGCGCCGCGCCGUCCACGCCCUCUACCCCCUUCCUCCCAUUGCCAGGAUCCCGCGGUACGCCGACUUUGAUCCUGCGGCCGCUAUUCACGGAGGCUACAUCGCACGGUGCACAGAAUGCGCUGUCGCUGGCGCAUGGCGCGGGCAGAGUCAUGUCGAGAUCGAAGGCGCGGGUGGGGAUUGCGAGGAAGUAUAAUGGCGACACGGAGGUGAUGACGAACAUGAAGCCGUUUUCGAGGAGCGGGAAGGGGCGGGUGAUGGAGGGGGCCGGGUGGGUGGUGUGUGAUGACAAGGAGCUGGUGUGGGAGGAGGCGCCGGAGGCGUAUAAGGAUGUGGAGGUUGUGGGCGAGGAGAUGGUGCGGUGUGGGGUUGCGGCGGUGGUGGGGAGGGUGCUGCCCAGGGUCACGUAUAAGGUUAGGAAGGAGUAG